AUGGAUCAGGCCAAGCUGGCGAAGAUGCAGGCGAGCGUGCGGAUUGGGUUGGAGCUCCUCUGGCUUCGGCGAGCGAUGAGCUUCGGCGGGCUUCUGACUGUGAUUUCAAUGGCUAACUCGAAUUUUCUUCUGUUUACAGGAGGCAAGGGUACUCCCCGCCGCAAGGUCAAGAAGGUCACCCGCAACUCCGGAGCCGACGACAAGAAGCUCCAGGCCGCCCUGAAGAAGCUGAACGUCCAGCCCGUCCAGCAGGUCGAGGAAGUCAACAUGUUCAAGGAGGACGGCAACGUCAUUCACUUCGGCGCCCCCCGCGUCCACGGCGUCCCCUCCGCCAACACCUACGCCCUCUACGGCGCCGGCGAGGAGAAGGAGCUGACUGAGCUUGUCCCCGGUAUCUUGAACCAGCUCGGCCCCGACUCCCUGGCUUCCCUCCGUAAGCUCGCUGAGAGCUACCAGAACAUGCAGAAGGCUCAGGGUGAGAAGAAGGAUGACGAUGAGGAUGAUAUUCCUGAGCUGGUUGAGGGCGAGAACUUCGAGAACAAGCCUGAGUAA